AUGGAAAAAUGUGAAUUUGCAGUUCAGAAGUUAGGGUUGGAGAUGAGUCCACCACCUUUUCUCUCUAUGAACUCAUGGACUCAAACACUUGCAGGUGUCAACUUUGCUUCUGGAGGUUCAGGCCUUCUUGAUGCAACAGGAGCGAGAUUUAUUCAAGUUCUUUCCUUUGGGAAGCAAAUGACAGACUUUGAGACGGUUGUUGCUAAUCUCAUAUCAAAUUUAGGAAUCAAUAAAACUCGGAAGUUGCUUGCAAAGUCCAUCUUUUUUGUGAGCACUGGAAGCAAUGACUUGUUUGAAGAUUUUCAAGCUAAUCCUGCAAAGAAUGAGACUGAGAGAUGUGCAUUUUUUGAUUCACUUGUUGCCUCUUAUCAGGUCAAUUUGGAGGCAUUGUAUCUCUUGGGAGCAAGAAAGUUUGCUUUGUUAAGCAUUCCACAAAUUGGAUGCACUCCAGCCGCAAGAGCCAUUAAUAACUCUUCUGGUAAUUGUAAUGAGGAUUUGAAUCGAGUCUGCACGGAAGUUCUACAACUCAAUGCAAGUCAUGUUGAAAGAGCUCAGUUAGGUGGAGAAAAGGCGCUGCGCGCGGAGGUGACAAGGGCUGGAGAGGUGGAGGAGAAGCUCUGCGCGCGGAGGUUAGGAGGGCUGGAGAGGUGGAGGAUAGGCUCUGCGCGCGGAGGUUUCAAGGAGCUAACGGAUGCAUGCUGUGGAAACCAAACCCUAUGUCUUCCAGGAUCCACCUUCUGUGCAAACAGAACAGAGUUCUUGUUUUGGGAUGUGAAUCAUCCAACAGAAGCUGCUUAUAGAGUUGCUGCUCAAACACUCUUUGUUGGGUCAAGGGAGUUUGUGACUCCAAUCAACUUUGGCCAAUUGGCAGCUAUCAAAACCUAA